AUGGAGAUAGGAAACAAAUAUGAGAGUUUUAGUGCUCUAGAAAAGACCAUAGAUGCAUAUUGUCACGCGAAUUUUAUAAAUCUGUGGAAACGUGAUUCUAGAAGAAUUGCUGCCAGUAGAAUUAUAAAGAAGAUCAAAUUGGAGCUUGUUUACUAUGAAGUAAAAUAUGCCUGUAUACACGGUGGUAGAACUUAUUUCAAGAGGGGUAAAGGGAUGCAUGAUACAAGUACCUUUAAACUUCAAGAGCCCUGCAUGUUUUUUCUUCGAUUUAGAGUGGACGAUAAGGGCAAAAAUCUGGAGUUAAGGUCUCUACAUUUAAACCAUAAUCAUGAAAUUAGUAAAAUAAGCUUCCUACAUUAUCCAGGGGAGAGAAAGCUUCUUUCAGAAAUGGAAAAUGAGGCCAGAAACGCAAUCGCUUUAAAAGCUAAUAAAAAAUGUUACAACAGCAACUUCAGCAAAAAUCAGGCAAAAUAA